UUCAUCAAGAUUCAUCUCUUUUCAAAUAAGAGCUUUGACUUGUUUGAAGUAACGAGAUCUUUUUUAAUUAUUACUAUCUUUACUAUUAUCAUCAUCAUCACCAUCAUCGUUGUUAUUAUCAGUAGUAUUAUGUUAUUAUUAUAGUAUUUAGUUGUAUUUCUCUCUUACUGCAGCUGUGACGGAUUAUACUUUUCAUUUGUGUCUCUAUUUAAAAACUGUGAAAUAUCACAUUCAGAAAUCAAAGUCAGGCUCCUGACUAUUUGAUUAGGUUUGGGGGAUUUUGCGGGGACCUCUGUUUCACCUCCUCAGUGGUUCCUCAAGCGGACUGUCCGGGUCCGGGUCUGAUCGGUCCUGAUGGCGGCUAACCGGGUGGGGCGUCGGGUGAAUAAGGUGUGCAGCAGUCAGUCGCCGGGUCAGAGCCUGCAGCGGCGGCAGGCCCGGGUCACCGUCAAAUACAACCGCAAAGAGCUGCAGAGGAGGCUGGACGUGGAGAAGUGGAUCGACUGUGGGCUGGACGAGCUGUACAGAGGCCGGGAGGAGGAGAUGCCAGAGGAGGUGAACAUUGAUGAGCUGCUGGACCUGAAGACAGAUGAGGAGAGGACACAGAGACUGCAGGAGAUCUUUCACUCCUGUAACAACAACACCGAGAUGUUCAUCAGUGACCUGGUGUUGAAGCUUCAUGGUGUGCAGAAGCAGGAGGAUCUGCACAAUGACGGCAUCGAGCUCCCUCAGCUCCACAUGUGCCCGGCCCGCUCCGGGUCAGCUGAGAGUGAAGUGCUGCACUGAGACGGCACCUGACCUCCCUGACCACCCACACCCCGCCCUGCUCCAGGACACGGAGGCAGUGGACAGGAAAACAAGCACACCUGAUGUCUGGAACCACCGAAAGUGUCCUGACUUCAUUCAAUCAAAAGACAUUCAGUGACUGUGGAAUCUGAGCUGAAGGGACUUUUUGUUCUUGACUUUACUUUCCUGAGAUUUGUCACAGUGACUUUGACGAGGCUUCAGAGACGUUCAGGCCGAAGCAAAGUUCUGUUUUUGAUCACAAACCUGCUUUUUCUAACUCGAGUAUUUGACCCGUAUCAGUGUUAGUCGACGUGUUUGAACUCCCUCAGCUGAUGCAGCUGUUCUCCUGGUUUCUGGAUCAAACUAAGUCUGUUUGCAGGGUAAUCACAGCUGAGAUCAGAUCUCACUGAUGUACAUGUUCAGUGCUUUUUAAAACAUAUCUAAAUGACACGUCCACAUUAAUGUUCCCAAAGGGUUGUAGUCGAGGCAUCUGAAACACCUGAACAUGAAAACAGUUCAGUUUCUUCUUCUGCAUCCUCUUUUUAGUUAACAGCUCCCACCU